AUGCAGCCUUUCCCCAAUAACCGCUCGUUUAAGCCACCUACGCCAGUCUCAGACGAGGUGAAGACCGAGAUAUGGCGCGCGUUCAUGGCGGAUCCCCAGACGAACAGCGUUCGUAAUCUGGCUAGCCGUUAUCACCUUAGCAUCAAGCGAGUGGAUGCCAUCCUUCGCCUGAAGGGUGUAGAGGAACAUUUCAAGAAGGGUCAAGAACUGCAGACCGGGUUUUUGCGAGGAAUGGAGCACAUCCUUGGCGUCCACCGCCCCGGAACUCAACCUAUCAGGAAUCGGCCAAACGAAGCCAGUGAACGACACGAUGUCGAUGAAGCUGACGCUCAAGAUGAGAUGGCAGGCAGCGAUGCUGCUCGGCAACGGUACCAGCGUAUGUUCUGGGAACCUGUCCCUGAGGGCAAGGAGCCGGUAAUGCCAGGUAUCUUGGAAGCUGCAUCUCAAGAGGCUGCUGCGCGCAAGAAGGCCCAAGAGGCAGCCAAGUCUAAUCCUCGUCUUACCCCUGAGUAUCACUCGAAGGUCAACGAACGUGUCAAGAUGGUCCAUGCAGCUGGUCGUCCUCCUGUCAAGUUUGUUGAUGUCGGAGGCAAAUUUCUUGACUUGAAGAGCAUCGCUCGCAGGGAACAGGAGAGCGAGCGUCGUUCUAAGAUCAAGGCCAAGAAGAAACAGGAGGUUUCGGAGAUGGCGACAUCGUCAUAG